AUGAGCAAUACAGAAAGUGUAGAUCCACAAUUGCAAGAUUUCAUCUUAAGUGAAACGCAAAAACAACGUUUUCAGGUUCUAGUACAUGGUCUUACUGAUACCUGUUGGGAGACUUGCAUGGGACGGCCUUCAAAUCGCUUAGACUCCAAGACUGAAGUAUGUAUAAUGAACUGUGUUGAACGGUUCAUUGAUGUCACAACUUUUAUAACUAAGCGUUUGAUGAACACAACGAAAUACCGCUCGGACUCCCCCCUUGAAUUCCAGUAA